CCCGCCAAGGCGUCCUUACAGUCCAUAGCCGAUACCCUGAAUCGGCUAACCAUCACCGUGGAUGGCAUGGGCCAAUACCUGGAGAGGAUGGACUGGACGCUGCAACGCCAAAACCACGACAUGACGGCGUACUUCCGCGGCAUCAACUACGUCCCGCCGCCCUUUGACAGCACCUUCCUCGGCCAAAACUAUGAAGGCAAGGACGAGGAAGAUGCCUCCUAUGCUUCGUCCUCCUCCCCCGACGAGGCCGAUUUUGAGGACGCGGUCGACGGGGAUCCCAUGGACGUUGAGGACGACGAAGAAGACGAUGACGCCGAGGACGAGGACGCCGCUGCCUAGACUCUUCUUUCUUUUCCUUCCUUACUAUGAUUGUCUUUUUUUUUAAUUAUUUCCAUUCCGUUGUAUUCCGCAUUUUCUCCUUUUUAAUGAAUAAAAGUUCACUUUUAAAUUCUAAAGUUUACUUUAAUUCUUUUUGUUAAUGUCAAAAGGGGGAAGAUAUCAAGGUUAUGCAAUAAAUUGAGGGGGAAUCU